AUGGAAUUAAGAGCAGAAAACUCAGUGUUAAGCUGCUGCCUGUCGGGAGAUGCCGAAGGUCUUCAAAGAGUGCUGGAAUCUAAAAGCAAUUCGGACGAGGGCGAAACUGUCGAUUUGCUCUCCGAAAAGGAUGAUGUUGGGAGAAAUGCUUUGUUUAUGGCAUGUAUGCUUGGAAGAAGCAAUGUCGUCCGAGAGCUAGUGAAAUACGGAGGAAAUGUUAAUGAACUCACUGCGAGGGGUUACUCUCCGCUGCAUUGCGCUGCUGUCUGGGGUCAGCUGGAUACGGUGAAAACUUUAGUGGAUCUUGGUGCUGACAUGCACACGGUUAACUUCCGCGGAGAGAAAGCCAAGGAGGUUGCGUGCCGCUAUUCCAAGACGGACUGUGCCGAGUUUCUCGCCUGGGCAGAAGCCAAACAGGACUUACAGUCGUACAUCUCCCAGGUAAGACAGACCAUCUCUGAUCCAGAAAAAGUGCACGGGAAACUCACCAAGGAGGAGAAGAACAUAUGCAUGAACACCUGCUCGGCAAAGGCAGACUGGAUUCAGAAUGCAAAAAAUCCAUCAAAACAAGACUUUAUUGAGCAGAAGCAGCACCUGGAGGACACAAUUAGCCCUGUUCUUGCUAAGCUUACACUUCAGUCUGAAGCUACAGCAAAACACAGAAAAAACUGAUCGCCUGGCAAGUGAAAGCGGCAUCAUAAUGCUCUUGUAGUACUGGAAGUAUCUUGAUGAAGAUC